AUGUCGACUUACAAACUAUAUUAUUUCGAUGGUCGUGGUAGAGCCGAAAUCUCUCGUUUAAUUUUGGCUAUUGCUGGACAAAAGUUUGAAGAUAUACGAUAUCAAUCCAAUGAAUGGCCAUCACACAAAUCCGAAAUGCCUCUCGAUCAAAUGCCAGUACUUGAAAUCGAUGGUAUGAAAUUGCCACAAUCAAUGACUAUUGCUCGCUUUCUUGCUCGUCAAUUUCAUCUAGCAGGCAAAGACAAUUUGGAACAAGCAAAAAUCGAAGCUGUUGCUGAUACAGCGACAGAUCUUCUUAAUAAAUUUGGACCUAUCAUUUGGUAUCAAGAAGAACCUGAGAAAAAAGCAAGCAUUAGCGAAUUCUUUGCCAAUGAAUUACCAAAACAUUUACAUAACCUUGAAACCUUAGCUAAAGCUUAUAGCAACGGUGGAUCAUUUUUCGUUGGUAACAAUUUAACGUUUGCUGAUUUAUGCGUGUACGAUGUUUUAGAAAAUAUUCUGGAAGUCGACGCUAAUAUACUUAAUCAAUAUCCAUGGUUGAAAACCAAUCGUGAUGAAGUUGCAAAAAAUACAAAUAUUGCUACCUAUCUCAUAAAUCGAUCACAAACAGAGUUUUAA